AUAGUAGCUAAAAAACAAAAUCGAGAAAAUAAGUUUUCAAAAUCUAGUACGUGCUUGCAUCUACAUGAUCCCACGAAGUUCUUCACAUAUCCACAAUAUACUGUACUAUUUUGUCUAUAUAAACACAUCUCCCAUUUCCACAUAAGAAACCUCAAAAGCCCUAAUUAAAAAUCUCAAUAAAUUAACCUAGAUAGCUUUCUUGCCAAAUAAUCAAAUCUUUUCAUUUAUAAGAUGGGAAUCAGAUUCAGCCAUGGUCCUUCGACUGCAACCAUUGACUACAGGAGUCAUCAGAAUAGUGAAGAUCAGAGAAUCAAGACGAAGAUCAUCAAUCACGACAAGUCUCAUCAAAACCAAUCAAGCACUAGCUUUCAGAUUCCACUUCAUUAUCCGAAAUAUACAAAGACUGAUUAUGAGAAGAUGCCAGAGUGGCAACUGGAUCAGCUUCUCAGAGAGUACGGUUUGCCGAUCAUCGGUGAUUCUUACGAGAAGAGGAAAUUUGCUAUCGGAGCUUUUCUCUGGUCGUCAGAGAACGAGCACUAGGACAUGUAUCGUGAAAGUUUCAUCGUACGUUAUAUGGUAAUAUGUAAAAUAAAAAUAAGUUGGUGAAAUUAAUGGUGAAAGAAGAAACAUGUUUGCAUGUAUAUAUAUAUUAUCUAGGACAUGUAUGUGUUAUAUAAAAAUAUUUAUAUAUGCAUUAUGUAUCGAUCGUGUGCUUCUCUACUCUCCAUGUAUGUAAUUACCUCAUGGGCGCGACAUUUGUAAUAACUAUACUAAAAUAUGUGUAUAUAUAUAUAUAUAUAUGUGACAAUAUUUUGCUUCA